AUGAAUUACAGAAACGAUAAUAAUGGAGUACUAAACAAUAACGAAAACAGUAAGAAAUCUAACAAUUUUUUGAAUAAUUAUGAAAAUGUAACCACAUCAAAGAACAGCUCUGCUGAAGAAAUAGCAGAAAAAUAUUUAAGAAGUAAAUUAAGUUUAGACUUUAAGAGCAUAAAUAAACUGGAUUAUAAUUUAAAUAGUAAAAAUGAAUAUUACGAUAAUAACAAAAAUGUAGACAGUACAUUAGAUUAUGCAGGAAUUAGUAACGGAAAUCGUAACGCAAAUCAUAACGUAAAUCAUAACGGAAAUAGUUAUACCUCACACAAUGAUAAAUUGAAUUAUUUUAAAAAUACAAGUAAUAAUUAUUCAGGUUAUGAAGAAAAGGGAAGAUCAUACUAUGAUACCAUAAAUAAGACAUCACUUUAUUCUGAUAUAGUUAAUAAUAAUACUAUUAAUGUAAAUUAUUCUAAUUGUAAAAAUGAUGAAAAUAAACUUAUGUACACCAAUUUAACACCCAAAACGAAUAACAUAAUUAAUGUAAUAGGCAAAUCUAAUUCUAGAAAUUUAACUGAAUUUAGUCGCUUGAAUUCACUGAAGGAAGAUCAAACAAAUAAUUAUUAUGUAAAAAAUGAUUCUAUAAAAUACGAAAAAGACAGACUUAAAAAUUUACAAAUAAAAAACCAAGAUAAUAAUAACAAUUCUGAUCUUUUGAUAAGCAGAUAUAAUAGUGUAAAUAGCGUUAUCAAUGAUAAUAACAUUGGAAAUGAUAAUUUGGGGAAAUAUAAAUAUGGAAUAAUUAAACCAUAUACAGAAAUUGAGAUGGAAAAAAAUAAUGUUGUAAAUAAUAUAAAAAUCGGAGCUUCUUUAUUAAAUAAAAGAGAUAGCGGAUAUAAUAAUAAUAAUAACUUAGUUCAGGAUAAUAACCAUUAUUAUAAAAGCAGGGAGAAUAAAUACUAUAUGGAAAACUACCAUUCUAAAAAUAACAAUAAUUCUAAAAGUAACAAUAAUUCUAAAAAUAACGGCAAUAAUAACAAUAAUAGUAAUAAACGAAAUUUAAUGCAGAGAAAUAAAGAUUAUGUUCAUUAUCUAAGUAAACGAAAUAGCAUAUUAAAAAAUGAUUUAUCAAUUAAGAAAGAUUUGAAAAAAAAACCAAGUGUCUCAAUAAAUUUAAAACAGUCACAUAUGAAAAAUAAAUUAAAUAUCGAUAGAUACAAGCAUAACACUUUUUUUAAUUCGUUUUACAAAAGUGCAAAAAAUAAAUACAACGAACUUGAAUUAAUGAAUAGUGUUAAUAUAUUUAGCACUGGAAAUGGAAUAAAUAUUAACAAUAAUGAUAGCCUCAAAAAUGUAAGCAUAAAAAAUGAUAAUAGCUAUUUGGGAACUUUUGAAAAUGAUAUGUAUAAAAUAAAUAACAGUAAUGAUUCUAAUUUUAAUUUUUUAAAAGAAAAGUUAGGAUAUACAGAAAAUAUAAGCAAUAUAGACUAUAUGAAUAAUAGUGAAAUUGAUAUAAGCUUUUUAAAAUCAACAUAUUCUGAUUCAAGCAAAAUUAUAGAUUCGCCUUUAAAUUAUGAAAAUGAAACAUUUAGUACUGUAAAAAAACAUGAUAUAAAUGAUGAAUUGUUAAUAAAAAAUGUAAACAAUUCUAUUCGAUAUACACAUAAGGGUAAUACUGUAAAUUAUUCAAGUAGUCAAAUAAAUAAUCAUCAAAAGUUAGAUAAUAUAAUUUAUAAUGAUAAUGUGAAUGAUGACAAUAGUAUAUCAUCAUGUCUUGUUCAUAAUAAUGAAAAGUUUGACAAUAAUAAUUUAAAAAAGUAUUCAAAUGGGAAUACUUUUAAAACAAACAAUGUAGAUAAUGUUAUAAUAUAUAACGAUAUGUCAUCUAAAAAAGAAAUUCAUUUUGCACCAGAUCAAGCAAUAAAUUAUUUUACACAAAAUUCUGUUAAUAACAAAAAUAUCGUUUAUGGAGAAAAAGAUAAAUUAAAAAAUAUGAAUGAUUUAUAUAAAAAAGGAAUACCAAAUGAAUUAGGAAUAAAGUUAGCCCAAAAUAGUUCCGAAAAUAAACAAAAUAAUACCCUUUCAUUUGAUUCAAAUAAAUUAAAUAUAAUAAAUAUAAAUAAAAAAUAUGGUGAUAAUUUAGUUUUGUCUGAAAAUAUAAAACGUGAUAUAAAUAAUAACACCAAUUUAAGUAGAGAUUAUGUCACCACAAGUAGAGAUUACGAUAUGGGCAAAUCGAACGAUAGUAAUGAUAAUUCACAUUUCAAUAGUGCAAAGAUAUACAUAAAUAAAGAAAAUAAUAAUUGUGAGCUUUAUGAUAAAAAUUCACAAAAUCAUUAUACCGGUAAAUAUAAUAAUAACAAUAAUAUGAAUAUCGUUUUAAAGGGGGUAAAUUUUGAAAGUGAUGAUAAAAAAAAAAUAGAAAAUUAUAAUUUUAUAGACAGAAUAAAUUUAUCAAAUAAUAAUGGAAAAAAUAUAAGUCCAUUAUAUUUUUCUGAAAAUAAAUUAAGUAACAUAUUUAACAACAAAAUAGAAAAAAACAAAUUAUUGAAUGUUAAUAAUAGUCAAAUAUGUGUAGACAAUAAAUUAAAAAAUAAAAAAUAUAUAAUGCCUCCUAAUGAAAACAUAAAUAUAACAAAUCCAAAAAAAACAAGAGAUGAUAAAAAUUCUGUGAACGAAUUAAGCAACAUAAAUAAUUAUGAAGAUUAUUAUAAAUAUAUUAGUGAUUCUAUUAAUAAUAUUCCGAUAACUAUUAAAAAUAUGAAUAUUUUAUUAGCCUUAGCUUUAUAUUUUUUAAAUUAUAAUAUAAAUAAUAAUUCAACAAAAAAUGAGCUUAGUGAUGAUAUAUUAAUAAAGCUUUUAAAUAAAUUUUUAUAUUGCUUAAAUUUAAAGACAUGUUUAUUAAAAGAGAAAAAAAUAAAUAAUAAUGAAAAUAAAUAUUAUUUUAUACAAAUAAAAAAAAAUGAAAGCUUAGUUAAUGACACUUUCGCAAAUGAUAAUAAUAAAGAAGAAACUAUUAUUGAUGAAAAAAAAAAAAAUGAAUUAAAUAAAAAUAAAGAAAUGAUUAAUGACAAAGAUGAUACAACAACACCAUUUUUUACUUUUUAUAAUAAACGAAUAAUUAGAAAUAAAAAUGACCAAAAAGAAAAUAAUAAAAUCGAUAUGAUUAACAAUAGAAACUGUGAAAUAAAUCUUGUUAAUAAAAACCAAAAUAUAGAAAAAACAAAUUGUUUCUAUAUUGAUGAAAAUAUGAAAAUAAUAUCUCUUUGUGAUAUUUACAAAAUAGCUUGGUGUUUGUGUGUAUUAAAAAAAAAUUUUAUGUAUAUAGAUUUGUUGAGAAUAUUAUAUAAAGAAUCUGAAUCAAUGAUUGUAGAAAAAGAGUUAAUUUUUUGUGUUACAUAUAUUUUUAAAUAUUGUAGAAUAAUUGAGAUUGAAGAUUGUAAAAAUUAUUUAAAUAAUAACACAAUAAUACAUUUAGACAAUAAUACUAAUGAGAAUUUAUGUAUGUAUUUACAUUUAUUAUAUCUUUGUUCAAUAGAUGAUGAAAGAUUUAUAAAUGUAAGCCAUAAAAAAAAUGUUGAUAAAAUUAUUAAUUAUUUUUAUGAUAAAAUAGAGAAAUUAAAUAUAUAUAUGUGUACUAAUAUAUUAUGUGUGUUAGCAAAUUUAAAUAUAAAAAAUGAUGAAUAUCCAAUUUUUUUUAAUAAAAUGUUAAAUUAUUUUAGAAAUAAUAUAAAAAAAAUGAAUAAAAGUAUAUUACUUGUUAAUAUUGUUUGGUCUUUAUGUAUUAUUGAAGUACCAUGUUCUAUAUUUCUAAAAGAUCUAAGCGAAUAUGUUAUUAAUAUUUUACAUUUUAUUCCUUUAUCCGAAUUUAUAACUAUAUCUUGUUGUUUUAGCUGUCAAAAAGUUAUAGUUAUAAAAAAUUAUUUUCAAAAUUUAAAAAGAAGUAAAGAAAUAAAUCAAGAAAAAGCUAUCACAACAAAUUUAUCAGAUAAUACCAUUAAUGAAUAUAAACAAUAUGAAUUUAUAAUUUAUAAAUAUUAUGAACAAAAAAAAUUAUUUCCAUAUUAUUUUUACAAAAAGCCUACAUGUAAUUCUAUUAUUUUCAAAAUAUUGGCUUAUAGUUUUUUACAUUAUGAUCAAAAAAUGAUAGAUGAAACAUCAUGUGAUAUAGGGAAUAACAUAAAUAUCUCUACCAAUAGUUAUCAUAAAUUUUCAGAUGUAAAUAAUGAUAAUAGGAAAACGGUUAGAAGCUUAAGUGUAGAGAAUAAAUCUCAAAAUAACAAUAAUAUAAGAGAUUCGAGUGUUCACAAUUCUAGAUUUAAUAGUUCGAAUAUUUCUACAAAUGUUAAAAAUACAUAUUUUAUUAAUGAUGAAGAUCAAACAAAUUGUGAUUCUAAAUUUAUUCAUGAUAAUAAUGGUGUAAAAAAUGGAUAUACAUCAAAUUGUGAUAGAAAUAAUAAAUGGAAUAAUUUGCUAAAAAUUAACAUACAUAAUAAUACAAAGGGGGGAUUAGAUAAUAAUAAAAAUUUAUUUGGAAUAAAUAAAUCAAGUGAUUGUAAAAAUGGAAUUGAAAAUAGCAAUAAUACAUAUAAAGGUAAAUAUCCAAAAAAAAUCAAUGAAAAAAAAAAAAAACUAAAAGAUUAUUAUAAUUUAUAUGACCGAAAUAAUAAUUAUGAAUUUAAUUUAAACUCUUUUGAGAGAAUACUAUUUACAAAUUUGAUAGAAGAUUGUUGUAAUAAUUUUGAAAAAAUAAAUACAAUUCAUUUAAUUGAACUUUUAUAUACAUUAUGUAUAUUAAAUUUAGACAAAAAAAAAAUAGUAAGAUUAGUAGAAAAAAAAAUUAAUAAAAAUAUUUUUAAUGAUAGAUAUGAAAAAUUAUUUUUAAAAAGAAAAAAAAAAUAUAUAGAUGUAUAUAAAAAUUACACUUCUAAACAAAUAGAUAAUGAAAAAGAUGAUCUAAUUAUUUUACAUUAUAUUUAUAAUAAAUUUGUCCAAGAAAAUAUAAUACAAAAAGAUCUAGUUGAUUAUAAUUUCUCAAUUGUAAUAGAUAAUAUAUAUUUCAAUAGAUAUGUAAAUGAUGAUAUAUUUUUUAGCAUUAUUAAGGGUUCUGAAAAUACAGGUGAAAACACUUUUGAAAAGUUGAAGAGCAUAUUGCACUCGGCUUCUUACUGGGAAAGUGGAAAAAAUGGAAACAGUGGAAACAGUGGAAAAAAUGGAAAAUAUGAAAAAGAGGCACACGAAUUUAGCCCAAAUGACACAUUCUGUGAUUCUAAAAAUAGAGAUUUUAUAAAUGAAGCGAAUGAAGCGGGUAAAGCGGCUGGGAUGGGCGAAAUUGGCAAAAAUGGCAAAAAUGGCGAAAGCAGUAAUCACCGUAAUUUAUUUGGUAAUUCGAAAGGGUAUGAACUUGUAGAAAAAUGUAAGAAUGGAAAAAAUGGAAAAAAUGUUUAUAGCAAGGACAUUUUAAAUGAUGAAAAGAGUAGAGAAGAAUGUGAAAAACAAUCACAACAAUUUAAUUUAUAUGAUGGGGUAUAUUUGAAAGAUAAUAUGGAAAAUGAAUUUAUAAAUAGAGAAUAUAAUAAUACACCUAAAGAAUUAACUGAAUUUAAAAAUGAUUUAAAAAAUGCAUAUGAUAUUGCUAUCAAUUAUUAUAACAAAAAAACAAAUUACAUUGAGGGGGAUAAUAUAAACAACAUUGUAUAUCCAAAUAAUAGCAAACGUGAAAAUAAAAAUGAAAAUAAAAAUGAUAAAAAUGAUAACAAUAAAAAUAGAAAAACAAAAGAUGAUGAAAUAAUGACCCAAGAAAUGUAUCAUAAUAUAAUUACAAAAAGAAAUAUAAAAAAUAUAUUAGAUAAUCAUAAUCCGAAACAUGUGUUUGAAAAAAAAAAUAAUAAAUUUGAAAAUAAUAAUAACAAUGUAAAUUAUAAAAAAGAAAAUAUAGAUACUUUCAAUUUUUAUAAAUUAUUUAUUUUAUUAUUAAAAGUGUCAACACUGUCUAUGCUUUCAUUUGUGUUCGUGUUUGUGUAUAUGUCAUUAAAAUAA